AUGCAAGAUAUUCAUUUUACUCCAUACACAAACUUUGAAUCCUUCGAGGAAAAACGAAGAAAGACUGCAAGAGCUUGUCUACAUUGCCAAAAAGCACAUCUCACUUGCGACGACGGUCGACCAUGUCAACGAUGUAUCAAGCGCGGGUUAACAGCAACUUGCAUGGAUGCUCCUCGGAGGCAGCAGCAACAACAACAACAACAACAACAACAACAACAGCAGCAGGCGAAACAAAUGUAUUCAGGAAAUGAUGCGAUGUCUUCCAGUGUGCAUACCAGCAAUCAGGGAAUUCUGGAUCACUCCCAACCACCGACAGAUGAAUCACAUAUGGUCGAUCCAACUUCAUCCAAUGCUGUCCUUGCCAAUCUCGGUGCAGGUUUAGGAUUCGGUUCUGAAACAGCUGGUUUGGAAUAUGGAUUCAUUGGUAACAUGCUUGGUGUGGGAGAUUGGGCAACGGCAACACCAGCAUCACUUUUGGCUACAACAACGACUACCACCAAUACUACUACUACAAACAACAACAACAACAACAACAACAACAACAUGAAUCAUAAUACCAUCAAUAACGCAACUCCCGCCAUGCAUCUUGGAUCUAGCAACAACACCAUGCCAACACCAUUAUCCUCGCAACAACAACAACAGCAGGCAUUUUCCACCAAUACUACUGCACAACAUCAAUACCUUCCAUCCGUAUUUCCCAUGUCAGCCACUGUCGCUAUUGCUCCAGGGGCCAAUCCUCUUGCCAAUGAAGAAACCAAUACGAGUUCCUACCACAACAACAACAACAGACCAACCACCUCCCCCUCUACAUCCUCAUCACCCACGACUGCUGCUGCUAUGGAAAGGAGAACAACAAAGCAUUAUCCAGAGAGAAAAGUGUGUCGACCUUUUAAUUACGCUGAAGGAUUUCAUUAUCUCAUUGAAUACGUCAAAGAAAAGAUGAACCGGGAAGAUUUGAUGCGCAUCAGCCGAUCCUUGGCUCUAUUUCGACCUUCAUUCCUGGCAUUGAUUAUGAACCUUACCGAGGAUGAUCUGGUAUUCAUGGAACAAUGUAUUCAGCGGACAUUGCUGGAAUACGAAAAACUUAUCAGCUUCUCAGGAACGCCUACCGUCGUAUGGCGACGCACAGGCGAAGUAUGCUUGGUGAGCAAGGAGUUUCUCUUAUUGACACAAUGGCCACGGCAUGUAUUGUUGGAUAAAAAGACAUACAUUUAUGAGCUUAUGGAUAAUCGAUCCGCUGUGGAUUACUGGGAAAGGUUCUCCUUGCAUGCCUUUGAUAACACCGAUGAAUCCUGUAUGUCGUCUUGCAUUCUUAAAACACCCACGCAAAAGCCUGUACCUUGUGCAUUCUGUUUCACCAUCAAGCGCGAUAUCUUCGAUCUGCCAAGCGUGAUCAUUGGCAAUUUUUUGCCAAUCUUAGGAUGA